AAUAAAAUAAUAAUAAUAAUAAAUUGGUGUGUUCUACUUCAAAUUGGGCAGCUUUUUGCUGUAAACUGAAAACCCCCUUUGAAACAAUGACGAUGAAUGGGUGCCGUAUUUCGCAGCAAUUGAGAGAAUACAAUCCUCGCCAAUUUGGGAUUUGCAGUCUCACUAACAACACUAAAUGUUGUUUCUACUACAACAGAGUUCGCCCCCCUCAGCCGCCGCCUCGUAUUUUCCCUUUCCUCUUUAAUUACACCUCUGCCCCCCAACGGUUUUCGAAAUUCCACUUAUUGGGCACGAAUUCGUCUUCUUCUUCUUCUUCUUCUUCGUCGUCGUUUGUUACGAAUAAUAAUAAUAAUGAAGAUUUGGUCUCUUCCAUUAACAAGGAAGUUUGCACUCAAGAUAUUUUAUCUGACUCGUUGAGCCGAGCUGAAAAUGAUGAGAAUUCUCUCUCUGAAGGAUUAGCAGUAGCAGGGGGAAUAGUAGCAUUGGGAAAGUUUGAUGCCCUUCAUAUCGGUCAUCGGGAACUUGCAAUCCAAGCGGCAAAGAUUGGAGUUCCAUUUCUUUUGUCAUUUGUUGGAAUGGCAGAGAUACUUGGGUGGGAACCUAGGGCUCCAAUAGUUGCCAAAUGCGAUCGGAAGAGGGUUCUCUCAUCGUGGGCCCCACUUUGUGGUAAUAUUGUACCUAAGGAGUUCCAGAUCGAUUUUUCUAAAGUUCGAAGUCUUAGUCCACAGCAAUUUGUCGAGAAGUUAGCCGAGGAACUUGGAGUUGCUGGUGUUGUGGCGGGUCAAAAUUACCGAUUUGGAUACAGAGCUGCAGGUGAUGCAUCUGACCUGGUACGACUGUGCAACGAGUAUGGCAUGAGAGCUUCUAUAAUAAAUUCAGUCAUGGACAAUAACCAAGAAUCUGUGAACGAAACAUUUUCUAGCAAUUCACACGAGAAAGGACAGGUGUCAUCCACUCGAGUUCGUCAUGCACUUGCCAAAGGUGAUAUGAAAUACGUGACGGAGCUUUUGGGACGCCAUCAUCGCCUUAUAGUAAGGGUUAAAAACAGUGAAAAUGUUUUUAGAGAGAGAAAGAGGUUAUUGGUACCUAGGUCGUGUUUGUUGAAUCUUGCACCAAAAGAAGGUCUUUAUGAAAAUUGUUCGCUCGUGAUUGGUGAUGAUGAUCAGAAUGUGGUGGUACCAUGCAGACUCGUUAUUGACACUACAGAUAUUCAUUUAGAAUUAUUGGAUGAAUUAGCUCCUCCGAUAAAUACGAAUACUCAAUACUUCGAGUCAUUGGGUAUCGAAUUUAGUGACUCCAAAGUUUAACGUUAUCUAGAUUUUUAUUUGUCUUGCUUAUUUUGCAUUGCCAUUUAUAAUUUUCGAUACAAAAAUUUAUUCUUGCCCCGACAGGAUUCAUACCUUCAGAUGCAAGGAUCAGUUUCUGUUUCGUAGCUGAUUUAUAUAAACUAGUAAAUUUGAUUAUGAUUGUAUGUACGAGAGUAGGGUUUAGCGAGUACACGUAUGUGGCUACAGGUUCCUUUGAUAAAAAAGAAAGAAAAAAAGUGAUAGUAUAAAAUGUGCUUUUGGAUAUGGUGGUGUUGUAUUUGAUUAAUCCUCAUUUAUUAUUAUGUGAAGGAUGAAUGAAUGGAUGAUUCUCUA